UUACUGGAAGCCAGUAGUGCAGAAUAAAUUUUUGACAACAACAACAGCAAUAUUAGCGCAAAAAUAACAACGCAGCAGGUCAUUGUUAAAUAAAUAGAUAAACCAAACGUACGUUGUUUUGUCCAAUGCUGUUUUGAUUUGUUUUCUUUGUUUACGGUGGUGAUAAGUGUUUUUUGUUGUUGCUUCAGUGUGUGCGAUUGAUUAACAUUCUGUGCAUUUUCUUACCUUCCCCAACGACAAUCGAAGAAUAGAAUUAGAAAUAUACAACUUCCCAAAAAAUUCCAAAGAACAUUCGAACCAGAACGAACUGCCUCAUAUCAGUUAGCAUUGCAAACAGUAACAUUUCAUAGCAAUACACGUUCGUGGGAAGGAUGCGCCAUUAUUUGCUGCUAGUAAUUGUUUUACUGGCAUCACUUCAUGCGGGCCAAGCUUGGUGGCCAUUUAACAAAAAGAAAUCUGCUCCUGUGCCACCGGAAAAUGUGGAGAAACGACUAUCACCUGUGAUAUUUGUUCCCGGCGAUGGUGGCAGUCAGGUUGAUGCGCGCCUAAACAAAUCUACCUCACCAAAUAUCUUGUGUGCCAAACAAUCCGAUUGGUUUAAUUUGUGGUUAAAUUUGGAACUUAUUGUGAUACCAGCCGUUUACUGUUGGGUUGAUAAUGUCAAGCUGUACUAUGACAAUGUGACGCGUACAACGCACAAUACACCCGGUGUAGAUAUUCGCAUACCAGGAUGGGGUAAUCCUGAAGUUGUUGAAUGGAUAGAUCCAACACAUAAUAAGGCUGGAGCCUAUUUCCGGACACUGGCUUCGAUGUUGGCUGAUCAUGGUUAUGUUAGGAAUAAAAAUAUACGAGGUGCACCCUAUGAUUUUCGUAAGGCGCCAAAUGAACACAAGCAAUUUUUCAUUGAUCUCAAGGAAUUGGUAGAGGAUACCUAUGAACAAAAUCAACAGACUCCCAUCACCUUUAUAACACACAGCAUGGGAAGUCCCAUGACAUUGGUGUUUUUGCAACAACAAACAGCGGAAUGGAAAAACAAAUAUGUAGCCCGACAAAUUAGUUUGGCCGGUGCCUGGGCUGGCAGUGUUAAGGCCCUAAAAGUUUUUGCCAUGGGUGAUGAUUUAGAUUCAUUCUUUUUGAGUGGAAAAAUUUUGAGAGCUGAACAAAUUACAAACCCAUCAACGGCAUGGCUACUGCCCUCACCACUAUUUUGGAAGAGCAAUGAGGUGCUGGUGAAAACUCCCUCACGUGUAUACACCAUGGCCCAAAUGGAACAAUUCUUUACGGAUAUUGAUUAUCGUACGGGUUGGGAAAUGCGUAAAGAUACCUUACAUUACACACUGAAUUUUGGGGCUCCUGGAGUUGAACUACAUUGUUUGUAUGGUGAUGGUUUGGAUACCGUAGAGAGAUUGGAAUACAAAAAGGAUGACAUUUCUGGCGAAACACCCAAAUUAAUAAUGGGUGUUGGUGAUGGUACCGUCAACAAACGUUCACUACGUGCUUGCCACUACUGGAAUGGCUAUCAAUCGGCCAACGUUUCCACAAUGGCCCUAAGUGGUGUCGAUCACAUGGGCAUUUUGGAACAUCAGACUGUUAUAGAUUAUGUUAAGAAGGUUUUGGGCCUAUAGACUAUACCAAAUAUUUUAGUUCCCACUUUUUUGUAUGUAACACUCAAUAUAGGUUAUAUUUUAUUUGCGAUUUUGGUAAUUUUUAAACGAUCAAAAAAUAAUUAUAAAUUUUUUAUGCCAUAGUUUAGUUUUUUUUGUGAGUUAUUCUAGUUCAAUUUAUUAUAUUAUUUCGAUACAAAACGGACAAGCGUAUGUGUUAUACUCGUGUUUAAGAAUGGACGCAAUAAAAUUUUAUAUAUGACAAAAAAAGAUAAA